AUGUCAGGGCUCGAAAAGGCCCUGUUCAACCUCAAGUUCACCGCCAAACAACUCAACCGACAAGCCGCCAAGGCCAGCAAGGACGAGCAGCUGGAGAAGGCCAAGCUCAAGAAGGCCAUCCAGCAGGGCCACACGGACAUCGCCAAGAUCUACGCGGGCAACGCCAUCCGCAAGAAGAACGAGCACGUCAACCUCCUGCGCCUGGCCUCGCGCAUCGACGCCGUCAGCUCGCGCGUCCAGACGGCCGUGACCAUGCGCUCGGUCACCGGGAGCAUGGCGAACGUGGUCCGGGGCAUGGACUCGGCGAUGAAGAGUAUGGAUCUGGAAAAGAUCUCCGCCGUCAUGGACCGCUUCGAGACGCAGUUCGAGGACCUCGACGUCGCCACCGGGUACUACGAGAACGCCACGUCGUCCGCCACGGCCGUCGGCACGCCGCAGGAGGACGUCGACAAGCUGAUGAGCCAGGUCGCCGACGAGGCCGGCGUCGAGCUCUCGCAGGAGAUGGCCAGCGCGGCGCCCGCGAAGGACUUCAAGGCGCCGGCGGAGGAGGAGCGGGAGGACAAGCUGGGGGAGCGUCUGCGCGCGCUGCGGAGUUGA